GUGCCGCUGGGAUGCAGCCAGGCAGGCUUCGGGGAAGAAGGGGCUGGGUUGCCCAAGCUGCUCUGACUUGCUCCCAGCCGCAUCCCAGAGAAGUCUAAAUUCCAAGAAUGACGACCAACUCAUUGGCAGAUGUCAGCAAAAAUAUAUGUAUGGCAGCUAAAUGAAGACUAAGCAAAACAUGAAAUCUCUUUUGUGGUACAUUUGCUAUCUAAUGCUGUUUGUUUCUCCAUACUCAACUGAGGGAUGCGAAACCUGUCUUCAUUUUGUGCUCAAAGGAGAGCCUGUUGCUAUCAGUUGUCCAAAAUUUUACAACACUGACUACAAUCUGACUUGGUAUAGGAAUGGUAGUGAUAUACCAGUAAGCACAGAGAGGCAUUCCCGAGUUCAUCAGCGAGAAAACUUUCUUUGGUUCAUCCCUGCAAAUUUAGAAGAUUCAGGUUUUUAUGCAUGUAAUAUAAGGAAAGCUAACAGCUCUGAGAAAACAUAUGUACAACUAAGCGUUUUCAAGAAUGAUAAUGAUUUAUGCUUUAAUGAAAAUACAAGAUUUGACCAGAAAGUGUUUACCUUAACUGCUGGAAAGAUUACAUGUCCUCUUCUGGGGUAUUUUAAAGAUGAAAAUAACACUGCUUCUGAAAUACAAUGGUAUAAGGAAUGUAAGCCUGGAUUACUUGAAGAUCCACGAUUUCAGCCUUUAAAGGGUCAACCCUAUCUUACUAUUAAAAACGUAACUCUACAAGAUAAAGGAAACUACACGUGCCUCACAACAUACAUGCAUAUGGGAAAAUUUUAUAAUGUUUCACGGACCAUUAAUCUGGAUGUUGAAGAAACUCCAGUGAAGAAAAAGCCAGAAUUUAUUUAUCCAAACAACAACACUAUUAAAGUAGACUUUGGAUCUCACGUGGUCAUGGAUUGUAAAGUAUCAAGUGGCUUAGAUGGCUUGACUCCUUACUGGCAAGUCAAUGACAGUGAUGUUGAUUUUUUUGAUAACACAUACAAGGAAGAGUUCUACGAGAAACAGUCUCCCCAUGGACUACUUAUAGCUGGAGCAAAAUUCAACAUCUCAAAAGUGACCAACAAAGAUUACUUGUAUAAAUUUUUCUGUCAUGUUUUUUAUCCCCAUGGACAUGCUACAGUAUACAUCAAACUAGAACACCCAGUUCCAAAUAUUCAUGGAUACCUGAUUGGAGGAGGAGUUUCAUCGGUGUUUGUAAUAGUUUUAGCUAUGGUUAUUUACAAGUUUUUCAAAAUUGACAUUGUGCUCUGGUACCGGAAAUCCUGUCAUAUUUUCCUGUUUAAAAAAGUUUCAGAUGGGAAGCUCUAUGAUGCAUAUGUUCUUUAUCCAAAAAAUCAAGUAAGCUGCAUCUACUCACCAGAUAUUUUUGCACUGAAGAUACUGCCAGAAGUUUUAGAGAGGCAGUGUGGCUAUAAUCUCUUCAUAUUGGGAAGGGAUGAUUUACCAGGGGAAGCUGUGAUCAAUGUUGUUGAUGAAACAAUCCACAGAAGCAGAAGAAUUAUAAUUGUUUUAAUACCAGAAUCAUCCUGUUACAAUGUGUUAGAAGAUACUUCAGAACAGCAACUGGCUGUGUAUAAUGCUCUUAUCCGUGAUGGAAUUAAAGUGAUUCUGAUUGAACUCAGUAAAAUAAAGGACUACGCAAGCAUGCCCGAAUCCAUCAGAUAUGUUAAGGGAAAACAUGGGGCCAUCCGAUGGAAAGGGGACUUUUCUGAGAGAUCUCAUUCAGCAAAUACAACAUUCUGGAAAAAUGUACGAUACCAAAUGCCACCCAGAGCAAAUGUGGCUUUCUCAGAACAACAUUUGUUACCAAAAACUUUUAGUUCUCUCCAAACACCAGUAUUGGAAAGAUGACACUAAUGUUCAAUUUCAAUGGCUGCUAGCAGUCCUAUUUUUAAUGCUUUUAAAUGAAGGAUAUUUGUGUGUAUGUGUUUAUAUACAGGCCAUCUCAUUUGGAGGCUUUGAGGAUUGAAGAUGUCAUAUUAUCUUCCUCUAAAGUUACGAAAUGGUGACUGACUGACUGGUUAUCCUUUCUUCUGACCAAAACAGCAGCACGUGUUGAAUCGUUACAUCAAUAGUGCAGUGAUGACACUGUAAUAAGCACAGCAGGACUUCUUGAAGACAGAACAUUUUUGUAAAGGAAGAAAAUAUUGUUUGCAUUUUUAGAACAUCCACUUUGGAAAAUUUAAAAAAGGAAACACAUGAAGGAAAUUGUUUUAUAUCCAAACUUUUUAAUACCUGAAGCCAGUUGUUUUGGUUGAAAUAAAAUGUUACAGUUGCUGCCAUUUAUUAA